GCUCUGGACCUGUGCGUGCAGCUCCUGGAGAUGGGAGAGACGGCUCUGAUUGUGUCAGACGCAAAGUACUGCUACGGCGCUCAGGGCAGGAGCCCUGACAUCCCACCCAAUGCGGCCCUCACCCUGGAGGUGGAGCUGCUGGCGGCUCGGUUGCUCAGCGGGAAGCAGAAGAUAGAGCUGGCCAACCGCAAGCGGGAGCGUGGCAACUUCUUCUACCAGCAGGCAGAUUACGUGCUGGCCAUCAAUUCCUACGACAUCGCCCUCAAGGUCAUCAGCUCCAGCUCGAAAGUUGACUUCAGCCCAGACGAGGAGGCCGAGCUGCUGGAUGUGAAGGUGAAAUGUCUCAACAACCUGGCAGCCUCUCAGCUUAAAUUGGACCAUUACGAGGCGGCCCUUAAGUCCUGUAACCUCGUCCUGGAGCACCAGCCAGGGAACAUCAAAGCUCUCUUCCGAAAGGGCAAGGUCCUGGCUCAGCAGGGCGAAUACAGAGAGGCCAUCCCCAUCCUAAAGGCAGCGUUGAAGCUGGAGCCCUCAAACCAGACCAUCCACGCUGAGCUCUCCAAGCUGGUGAAGAAGCACGCGGACCAGAAGAACGUGGAGACAGAGAUGUACAGGAAGAUGCUCGGGAAUCCCAGCGCCGCCAGCGCCCCGGGGAAGUGCAAAGACAAGCUGCCCUGGUCCAUCCCCUGGAAGUGGCUCUUCGGUGCAACAGCCAUCGCGCUCGGCGGCGUGGCCUUGUCCGUGGUCAUCGCAGCAAGGAACUAA